AUGAGUUGCCUCAAGAUGCGCAAUCUGCAGCUCGCGAGCCAGUUCUCAAGAAGCUUGCGGACACCUUCACGAGCAUUUUCGUCGACGCGACCGGCCGCCCGCAUCUUUGCGACCGAGCACCUAAAGGCGAAAGAGGCUUCUGGGUUCAUUUCUCAAAAGUACCCCGUCAUCGACCAUGAAUACGACGCCGUUGUCGUUGGAGCUGGUGGCGCUGGUCUCCGAGCGGCCUUCGGUCUCGCUGAAGCUGGCUUCAAUACGGCCUGCAUAUCAAAGCUGUUCCCAACUCGAUCGCACACGGUAGCAGCUCAGGGAGGUAUCAAUGCGGCGUUAGGAAACAUGCACGAGGACGACUGGCGGUGGCAUAUGUACGAUACUGUGAAGGGGUCCGACUGGUUGGGCGAUCAAGAUGCUAUUCAUUACAUGACACGCGAAGCACCACAAUCUGUCAUCGAACUCGAGAACUACGGCUGCCCCUUCUCAAGAACAGACGAUGGUCGGAUUUAUCAGCGCGCUUUCGGUGGUCAAUCGCAGAAGUACGGUAAAGGUGGACAGGCUUACCGAUGCUGUGCCGCCGCAGACAGGACAGGCCACGCUCUCCUCCACACGCUCUACGGACAGUCUCUUCGUCACAACACCAAAUACUUCAUCGAGUUCUUCGCCACUGAUCUCAUUAUGGAGGAUGGCGUCUGCAAGGGUGUUGUAGCCUACAACCAGGAAGACGGCACGAUUCACAGGUUCAUUGCGAAGAAUACCGUUUUGGCGACUGGCGGUUACGGUCGUGCCUACUUCAGCUGCACUUCCGCUCACACGUGUACCGGAGACGGAAUGGCCAUGGUCGCUCGUGCCGGACUACCCAACCAGGAUCUCGAGUUCGUCCAGUUCCACCCAACUGGUAUCUACGGCGCUGGAUGUUUGAUUACCGAGGGUUCUCGUGGUGAGGGUGGUUACUUGCUCAAUUCCGAGGGUGAACGAUUUAUGGAGCGAUAUGCCCCUACUGCCAAGGAUCUUGCUUCCCGCGACGUCGUUUCUCGAUCAAUGACACUCGAAAUCCGUGAAGGCCGUGGUGUUGGACCGGACAAGGACCACAUCUACCUCCAGCUCAGUCAUCUGCCUCCUGAGAUCCUCCACGAACGUUUGCCUGGUAUCUCUGAGACUGCCGCCAUUUUCUCCGGUGUCGAUGUUACCAAGCAGCCCAUUCCCGUCCUCCCCACCGUUCACUACAACAUGGGUGGUAUCCCGACUAAAUACACUGGUGAAGUCUUGACUGUCGACGAGCAGGGCAAGGACAAGGUUGUGCCAGGUCUCUUCGCUUGUGGUGAAGCUGCCUGCGUGUCCGUCCACGGUGCUAAUCGUCUUGGCGCUAACUCUCUCCUGGAUCUCAUCGUUUUCGGCCGUGCUGUUUCCCACACCAUCCGCGACAACUUCAGCCCCGGCCAGAAGGCCGACCCCGUCCAGGCGGAUGCUGGUGCCGAGUCGAUCUCUGUCAUCGACAAAGUCCGUACCGCUGAUGGAUCUAAGCCGACCGCUGAGAUCCGUGGCAACAUGCAGAAGGUCAUGCAGACCGAUGUCUCCGUAUUCCGUACGCAAGAGUCGCUCGACGAGGGUGUGCGCAAGAUCCGCGAGGUCGAUGCUACCUACGACGAUGUUGGCAUCAAGGACCGCAGCAUGAUCUGGAAUUCCGACCUUGUCGAGACUCUCGAGCUGCGAAACCUGCUCACUUGUGCCGUUCAGACCGCCGAAGCUGCCGCUAAUCGCAAGGAGUCAAGAGGUGCUCACGCUCGUGAAGAUUACCCUGACCGUGACGACGAGAACUGGAUGAAGCACACUCUCACGUGGCAGAAGAAGCCUCACAGCAAGGUUGAGAUCGGUUACCGGGGUGUCGUUGCUAACACGCUAGACGAGAAUGAGUGCAAGGCUGUGCCACCGUUCAAGCGGACGUACUAG